AUGCUCCUCCAAAAGAGCUCCCUUCCAACCUCGUUGUUUCAGCGCUGCCUUCUCUCAAUAUCCUAUAACUAUUCCACUUCAAAUAAUUCUCGUUCUGUUCGCAGGUCCUCUGUCAAGAACGAUGUUUGCCCGACUGUUCGCAAUCGCGUUUCUUCUACUCGCACUGGUAGGCACAGCAUCAGCCCAGAUUCUUGGACGUCCAUUUAUCGCACGCCCGGUUAUAAUGAGGCCUGUACCUGUUGGACCAGGUCCAAGGAUCUACGGAUAAAAUUAUGGGAUGGCAAAGGAUUAAAGACAACUGUGAAGUAA